AUAUUCCUUUUCUCCUCAGUAGACGCAACAGAGACUGCCCAUGUGGAAGCACAGGUCAUAUUCCUCGAGAAGAGGGCGCCACCUACAGCCGGAACCUAGAGUCGUGUUCAAUGUGAGAAGGGAAAGAAAUCUAGCCAGUCAGCUCUCAAAAUAUUACUGUACCGGAAAUAGGAUGGCUGGACACAGAGAAGUCAUGCUCGCGCUUCAGCGGGAUUAUGCUCAUACAGCUUCCGUAUUGGCUAUUACGACAGGCCACAUGACACAACACCACGUGGUGAUGCUGCAGUAUUUCUCCUGGGUCGCUAUUGCGACUCCUUAUCUCCAAGGCGUGUGUAGUUGACCCGGACUAGAUUUCCUUCUAGCAAUGAGGUGACACUUGAUGUCGCUCGAAAUUCUGCCUCAUCUGUCCAGCUACACACCAGGCGUGACCAUGCAAAAUAUUUUCUCGCUGCGUUAUAGGUGUGCGAUCAAAUUUACAAGAAAAGAAUGAAAAAAAAAAAAAACAGAAGCCGCAGACAGCCGACACGAUUCUCGCGUGACGUAUUGAAGGCCCCCGUGCCUUGCUUUUUGUCUUUUUGUUUCGCAGCUCACGCGACCUCUAUACAGGCUUGAGCUGUGCCGCUGUACGUCACUGGUCAAGUGAAGGGAGUAGCAUACAUCACGACGUGGGGCGAGACACAGAGUCCUUGCGCUCGCUCUGUUGGUCACACGCGCCCAUUAUUCUUUCGCGGCAACUUAUUUCAUUCCUUGGAAAACACUCUGCAUCGAAAAAGAAACGAAGGGGUCACCUCAGUGCUCCUUUAAGUUGAACACGACUCUAGUUACCAUAGUUUAUCUGCUUCUACUCCUGCUACUUCUUUUGUUAUUCCGCCCUGCUGAUACCGUGAGGCAACUAUGCACGGUGUACUGUCAAGAGAUAGAGAAUGUGUGUGUGUGCGUCUACUCCGAGAUAAAGGGCUGGAAAACACAAGAAAAGGCUUCCAGUUUCAAUUCGUCAAAGAUUGCAGUCAGUGCCAAAGCAUCCUGCCAUCAGGGGCAUCGGUAUAACGGAAAUUGUAUUUCUUUGCGAACUUUUGUAUCUUUCAGUAUUGAGUGGUAGAAAUACUACGACGAGUGUUUUUAUAUUGCGUCUAUGAUAACUGUAUCACAACCAUGUACUGUACGACAUGUCCAAACUAAAGCCUGUAACCUCUAUCUUGCAGAGUGACAACCGACAAUAAAAGCACCUGGUAAUAAAGCUGGAAAUGAAUUUUUGCUCUUUUUCGUCAUGUCGACUGGACCAUACAAGCAAACAGCUCAUGGAGAGAUUACUAAAUUCAGUGUUGCUAAUUUGAGUGCCUAGGUACAGCCUGCGACAACUGCCGUGUGUGUACACUGUAACUCAAUAGAAUGUCGAUGGAUGUGUUAUUUAUAGAACUGCUACACGCAACACAGGUAUAGAGAGGUCAACGCCCUUUAAGGCCGCCUGCUUAAAAUUUAGAGAUGGGAAACCUUACUUAGCGCGGAGACAGUGCACGUGAACCACCGAAGGCAACCACAAGUUUUGGGUACGGCCAGCUUUAUUCUGCAAAGGGACGCUCAUAUUCUGGAGUAGUCAUCGAUUUGAAGUGUUGUGAACACGACGCGCUGUCACCCACUUGACGUAAGUCGCGCUGUGAGGAAGGAUGUGGCCAGAAGGCAUCUGUGUUAUACGACGAGCUCGUUGCAACAACUAUCAUUAGAAAAUGGCCAAGGACAGUAUAGGGAAACCUGCCUUCUCUUCUCUCUCCAAAUUCUAGCCUGUGUGCAGAAAGCACGUACAAUAUUCCCACUACCCCAAGAACACAAUGACCUCCUAAGUAUGUCCGAGGAAAGUCAUCAGUGGACAGGGAUAACAUCCCCAGGACUUCCCUACCAGGUCCUCAAUUUGUUAGAAAUGUGACAAAGUGAGACUCCCCGUCAUAUCCUCAGGACCUCCUCUGGGAGCUACCAAAUGACGCGGGUAGUACAGUUCUGGGAGCAAGCAUAUACCUUAGUGAAUUAUUUAUUUUGGGAAGUGAGGGCACAUUUGCAGCACCCAGUCAGCGUGUGUGUGUUUUUUAUAUAUUUUAAACCUCGGUCACCAGCUACCAUUCGUGGUUUCUCAUCUGUAUUUCGUUCACCGUAUUUCUCAUCACAAACAAUGAGUGUCACAGUUUUAAAAGGCAAAAAAAAAGAGAUAUAUAUAAAAGGCCCCUAGGUCACUAAAACCUGCAAAACCACUUAGAGAGGCAUAUGAUGCAGCAGCAUUUCCUUUCCAAGACAGAACAGAUACAAGUUAUUGCUUGUCUUCCGAACUUCAGCAGAUUCGGGAGUCCUCUUCGCAUCUCAGUCAAAACAAAGGGUGGGGUAUCUAGUUUAACUUGAUUUCGCACAUAACCAACAAUGAAGUGAGAAAUUCCUUGGAGUAUUAAAUCGCUAUCGAGGUAGUGUCCGUGUUUCUUACUGCUUUGGUUUGAUGCAUGCAUAGUAAGUGAAGCUUGAGCAGUGAAACGCUAUUAUUUUUUGUCUCUUCGGAAAUAAAAGGCUCCACGCAACCUCCUGCCAGGGACCCUCUGCGGACACUCAUGCAACAAGACCGCAGUGAAAGGUCUAGCAAACUGUAUUUUAGUGCACGUCAAACGCUGCACAUGGACGGAUUCCUUUAAAAUCCGACGAUCAGUAUUUGCGCCCCUAUAUCUCUUUUUAUUUUAUAUUAUUGUUCGUUUUUUUUAAUUUAUGCAUGAGCACUCCUUCUUUGAUUGUAUUGGGUAACGAGAAAUAAAUCGGGAAGUUGAUUACUGGCUAGCAGGUAUUAAAAUGCACAACGCAGUAUUAAAAUAAUUUAUUUCUCCUGUGCUUGUCCUUCAGUUGACGACCGCAGGAUGUACGCAAAUGACAAUCACUGGAAGCUCCUAUGAUGACAGCCUGCGGACCUCCUCCGUUCAUCCCAUCACGGACGAGGACGUGAUGACACUUUGAGGACAUCCUGAGGACCGCGUGUGUUCUUGGGUCCGCACAUGUUGAGGACUGUCUUACAGAUGCAAUACGCUAUUGUUGAGUUCGUUGAAGCCAAGGAAGUUGAAGUCGUCCCAUGUUCAUGGAUCCGUGGGAACAAGUGCCUGUGGCCAAAUCGGCCAUCAAAUAAAGUGGUGCGAAUGGUUAAGAAGGGGUCUCCCCCGGGAAUGGACUGUGCCGAAUACAACGCACAAGUUAAAGGAAUAUUCGUGUCGUACCGUGAUGCAAGGUUGAAGCUCCCUAUUUCUGAAUUAACCUCAGACAUGAACUCGGAUGUUCCGGCGAAGAGAAGGAGAGUGUCAAAAGUAAUCGAAAGUGAAGACGACUUCCCACCUGUGCCCGGGAGCUUUAUCUUGGCUGCUAAAGAGGCCACGACGAGGCAAGGUGAACAUCUGCCUGCUACCACACAUCCAUGGAAGGAUACUGCAGCACGAAGUGAGACUGUGCAUCCCUCUGUUCGCAGGAUAGAUGAAAGGUCAAUGCCCCUACGUGCACAUUCACUUGCAGCACAAAGUGAGACCAUGCACACGUUGGCGACCAGCAUGGAGGAGAGACCACUGCCCCGGCGUUCUCGAAGUGAGACUGUGCAUCCCUCUGUGCGCAGGAUAGAUGAAAGGUCAAUGCCCCUACGUGCACAUUCACUUGCAGCACAAAGUGAGACCAUGCACAGGUUGGCGACCAGCAUGGAGGAGAGACCACUGCCCCGGCGUUCUCGAAGUGAGACUGUACAGCCUGUUGUUCCCACCAUAGAGGAAAGACCAAUGCCCCUACAUGGUCGACAAUCCUUGGUAGUCACGUGCAGGUUCAAACUCAAAAGGGGACUCCAACUGCAAGGGUGAAAUGGCAUGACUCACUUCUCGGGUUCACUUCUGAGCGAAAGUUAAUUCUCUUCUGUUCAGCAUCAUCACCUUCGCUCUCCACACCAAAACCACUGAGUGCAGCCUCAUUUCGGUGGCAUCUGGACCUUGGCACACUGUGUGCAAUGUUUGCAUUCGGACUGUACUAUUUUUACAUUCCUGUAUUUUGAGGCGAAAAUCAGUUUCCUGUGCCUUACCCAUUUUGCUUCCUCUUAGCCCCUUGAAAUUUGUUAUGACAUUCUUCUACGCUUCGGGAAUGUGCAAUUGGGCAAAUUGGGCAAAUUGCAAAUGGGCAAUGACACGCACAUAUGUGCGUGUCAUUGCCCAUUUGCAUUCAUAUGUAUGUGGUUUGCGGUUUGUCUUCGUGGUCAACAGUAAUGGUUCACUUGGUUAUUUCGUUAACAUUUUCUGGUUCACUUGUUCACUGUAACUAUAACACUGUAACCUUCAUGUUGCAUAAUUGUGUUUUACUCUACAGUAGCCACCUUGUGCUCAGGCUAGUCUUCAUUUUCUAUUCGUAUUCCACCUUGUGCAAUUUGUGUUUUACAUUGCCUGUUGUCGUGUGCAAGGCACACAGAGCGUGUCCCAGCUAACAUAGGCCAAGCCUAAAAAAUAUGGAGAGCUCUACAUGGAUCGAACAGUUGAUGGGCUACGGUUUGUGGGAACAGUUCUGGUCACAACCUCUGAAUUUUAUUUUAUGUUCCCAGCCGCUUAGUUAUGCACAGUUAAUUUGCUAACUUUCUAAUUACUCAUUUAGGGCAGACUGCAAAGGUGUAGAGAGUGUUGAAAAACAUGAUUACUAAUACUGAAUACUGAUACUCAUUAAUACUGAUUAAUUCUUAAUAAUUACUGACAUAGAUAUUUUUUACUGCUAGAAUAAAGCGCUCAAGAUACAAAAUCAUACCACAUAACGACCUCCAGGCACAGCUCUGCUGUGUUUCGGUUGUACAGCCAUCAAGAUUAAUUGAGUUGUCAGCCAUUAAAUUGGAGCUGUCUCUCCACUCCAAGCCCAUAUAAGCUGAAGACAGUUCAUUUCUCACCACAUGACUGAGGGCUGCACGACUGAAGUGCACUUGAGCUGUGUGUGCGGGUGGUUCUAUGGCACAUUUUCCAAUUUCGUAAGCUGUCAAAAAGUCUGACCAAGACAUACGUUGGCGGAAUCAACUCUGUUGGAUGUUUCUCCACAGGCUCCACAACUUUAUUCCUAGGCUCUAAACUUGAACUAAGUUAGCAAAUGAGUUAUCCAUAACUAAUUAGCUUGGCACAUUUAAUAAAGUAUGGCAGUGUACGGCAGUCUAUGGACAGCCUACAAAAAGUUUGGUCCGUGCAGAUGCGUUCCAUCUUUUUUAAGGUUUGGUCCAUGUGAGCUGGGACGCCCUGUACAUUGGCAUCGUUGAUGUAGUCAGAAUCACAUUUUUGUUGUGGUCUUUGCAAUAUGCCUUGUGUCUCUGCUCCACAUUGUUUUCCCUCAGGAAUUCCGGCAGCAAUUCUGUGCUUAGGCCAAGCAUUCUUUUACAUUUCUUUUAUUCCAGUUUUAGAGUUUAUGUAUUACUGUGGGGUCUCGAGCAAGGCUCCUUGUUGCCGAAUCCAAACCCUGCUCGCCAACAUGUGUGUCUUUGUAGAUCCUUAUCAUUUUUAUCAUACAUGUUUGUCAUAUCCUAGUCAAAUGCUUUGAUUUAUAUAUCACCUAUACCUAC